AUGCUGAAGCAUUUGGAGAUCUUUCUCACCAUUCUAAUCUUCUCAAGUGCUCAUGAAGCAAAAGAGUCUAUAACUAGCAUGGACCCUCCUCGUUCAAUUCCUUUAGACUUGCUUCAUGUCUCAGAAACCAAGCCUUUGAAAUACCCUCCAUCUGAAUCUAACCCUAGUCCUCCUCAUCUAGCCUCUUUAGACUCGCUUCGAGUCUCAGCAGCAGCUGAUCCUUUGAAAUACCCUCCAUCUGAACCUAAUCCUGGUCCUCCUCAUCUAACUUCUUUAGACUCGCUUCGAGUCUCAGUAGCUGACCCUUUGAAAUACCCUCCAUCUGGACCUAACCCUGGUCCUCCUCAUCUAGCCUCUUUAAACUCGCUUCGAGUCUCAGAAGCUGACCCUUUGAAAUACCCUCCAUCUGGACCUAACCCUGGUCCUCCUCAUCUAGCUUUUUUAGACUCGCUUCGAGUCUCAGCAGCAGCUAAUCCUUUGAAAUACCCUCCAUCUGGACCUAACCCUGGUCCUCCUCAUCUUGCCUCUUUAAACUCGCUUCGAGUCUCAGAAGCUGACCCUUUGAAAUACCCUCCAUCUGGACCUAACCCUGGUCCUCCUCAUCUAGCUUCUUUAGACUCGCUUCGAGUCUUAGCAGCAACUAAUCUUUUGAAAUACCCUCCAUCUGGACCUAACCCUGGUCCUCCUCAUCUAGCCUCUUUAAACUCGCUUCGAGUCUCAGAAGUUGACUCUUUGAAAUACCCUCCAUCCGAACCUAACCCCGGUCCUCCCCAUGCUCUUCAUUGA